AUGGAAAAAUUCCGCCAAACACUAAAUUUAAAAAAAAACUCCGAAAAACUUCCUCUCCCCCCAUCUUUGAAUUCUAAAACCCAAAUUUACAUUUGUUUGGUAACUAAUUAA